AUGCUGCGCGAGGUGCUGCCGGUGGUCGCGGGCGUCCAUGUCGAGGUCGACGGUCUCGAUGGACUCUCCAAGGAUGAGAAGCGGCGCGUACUCAACCGCGUCCGCCAGCGGGAGUACCGGCGACUGGACCUCGAGGAGCUGCAGAUGCUGCGGCGCCGCGUCGCCGACCUCGAGCAGACGUGGACGGCGCUAACCGUACACGGGAAGCGCGACCGCAUGUGCAUGCUGCCGUGGAAGGACGUGGCGCUUGGCCUGCGCGAUGAGACUCGAGUGGUGGUCGGCAAGAACCGACAGCUGCGGGAUCAGCUCGAGUACUACACGACGAUGGCCCGCGUGCUCGGGUCAUGGGUCGCGCGCCUGAGCCCCACGUUGCAGGCGUCGAUGCCACCGACGCCAGCCAACUGGCACUCGGUCGCGCUGCCCGCCGACGCCGGCGCCCGCGGCCUCGCGAUGGACUGGCUCAUGACGCGCUUGUACCACAACGUCGACGGGACGUUCCAAGCGAAUGCAUUCCCGUCCAACUCGGUCCAGGACUUCUCCGACAUAAACAUUUACCUGGACGACGGCAAGUUUCAAUUUGUGGUGCGCAGCCAGCGCGUCGUGCACGCGUCGCUGGCGUAUGUCGAGGGCGUCUACGGCGCCUUUUGCGACGACGUGACCGAGAUCGGCGUUGAGAACAGCACCGGCAACUGGGUGCGCCGCAUCAAUCAAGAGGAGCUCGAGGGGCAGAACCUCGUGUAUGGCCACCAAACGCUCAUCAAGGGCGUCGAGCAGCACUACUUGUGCCGGCGGUACACGGAGCCCGGUCGAUUUGUGCUCGUGGGCCAAAACAUCGUCGAAGACGCUCAAUACCCCUCGAGUCAACGGGGCAUGUACGAAGAAACGGGCUGGCGCGUCAUCGAAGCGAUUGGACCCGACCAAACGCUCGUCAAGGACUGCAUCACCGUGACAUCGCUCAGUGCUGCGGAUGGAAGCGGGUACCUCUCGCUGGACGAAUAUGGCGCUUUUUUCGGUAUUGAAGUCUCGGACGACCAAGAAGAGUACUUGACGGUCACCAACUUUCGUCGGCGCCUCCAGCGCUUCUUCGGCUAUCUCGAUCGAGAUCUUCGCGAGUAUUUGACGCCACCAUAA